AAUAGGAAAGUCUUGCCCGAAUGAAAACAAUGUGUUUGACGAGUGACGAGUUACGAGUUUUUAAUCUUUUCUAACCUCGUGUAGUUAGAGGUUUGUCGAAAUUAUUCGUUGUUUUGAAUAUUAAAAAUGAAGGAGCACAUACUUUCCACUUGUGAGAAAACUUUCGUUCUCGAUGCGAUCGCUGAAAAUAAGCGCCUAGAUGGAAGGAAUGUAUUUGACUAUCGAGACUUGCAAAUCAGAUUUGGCAAAGACUUUGGCUGUUGUGAAGUCUCAAUGGGAACUACCAGAGUUUUGGGCCAAGUGUCGUGUGAAAUUCAGCAGCCAAAAGCUACCAGACCCAACGAGGGUCUUUUGCACAUCAACGUUGGUCUCUCUCCGAUGGGCGCUCCCCAUUUUGAAACGGGAAGACAGUCGACGACCUCCCUCCAGUUGAACAGACUGCUCGAAAAGUGCAUCAAAGACUCCCGAUGUGUUGAUCUGGAGUCCCUUUGCAUUGUGGCCGAGGAAAAGGUUUGGUGUGUCCGGCUUGAUUUGAACAUUUUAAACCACGAAGGGAACUUGAUCGACUGCGCCUCGGUGGCUGCUCUGGCAGCCCUUUCACAUUUCCGCAGGCCUGAUGUUGAGCUGACAGGAGACGAACUGAUCAUUUACGAGGCAGCCGUGAAAGAGCCGAUUCCGCUGGGCAUCCGUCACUAUCCAGUUUGCGUUUCGUUUGCAAUUUUUAACAAGGGGAAAAAUAUUGUGGUGGAUCCAACAGAGAUGGAAGAGAGGGUAGCUGAGGCGGAACUAACCCUUGGCGUUAAUGGCUACAAGGAGUUGUGUGGAGUUCACUUGAGCGGCAGCACACAGUCAGGGCCUGCCAUUGUUCGGCAGUGUGCAAACAAGGCCAUCAAUAGGGCCACAAAAGUUGUAGGCAUGAUCAAAGAGGCCCUAGCAAAGGAUGCCGAGCUGAGAGGGACUAACAGUGAGCGAGGGUUUGUUGAGUGUGUCCGCCAAGGCACCCUGACUUCUCACGGCGUCCCUAAAAUUCGCCUCCCCAUCAAACACAAACUCCCACUACCCUCCAUUGAGCCAGAAGAAAUAGUAGAGAGUGAAGAAGAGGAAGUCAGUGAUGACGAAAUCCAAAUUUUGGGGUCUGGCAUGGCGGAGCUAAAAAAUUCAACAGUAAAGGCUGCACAAGAAAUUGAGCUGGUGGAAACAAAGCAAGAAGUACAUGAUAUUGAUGAUGACGUAGAAAUUGUUUCUGAGCAACUAAAUUCCAGAAGAACCACCCCCGGCAGACGAACAAAGGUGCAGUGAAUUUUAAGAUAAAGACACUUUUUUCAAGGAAAAAAAUUGAAGAAAAAAGGUAAUUUUGCCGAUUAAAAAGUUUGUUUAAAUUUCAAAUAUAAUCUGCU